AUGAUACGCUGCGACGUCAGAAACGAAGGGUCGUGGAUAUAUAAACAACCACGCUUCAACAACAGAAAGAUAUCAAAACAUUUACUUCCCGCAAACAUGUCUCCGAAGAAACAGACAGAAGUGCUCUCCAAGCAGGGUGAGUCUAUCGAAGUUGGCGACCAUGUCUAUACGCCGUUUCGAGGUGGUAGGCACGAAGGUGAUGUCGAGAAAAUCGUCAGAACUGCAGAAGAGGCGAAGAAGGAGAACGUGAAGAACCCGCCAAAGGUUCUUUUUACUGAUCAGAAUGGCAAAUUUGUGUCUCACAAUCCGGGAACGCUGGAUAUCGUCAAUGAUCAGGAGACUGAGUAG